GGUUGUAUUACAUUUUUAUACCACAAUUUUUAUGUAUUUAAAUUAUGUCCGAUCUGAAUAGUAGAAUUCCAGACGUAGCAACUUGUUGUAUAUGUAUACCAGAUUUAAAAAGUGCAGUGAUUAUUAUUGCAGUUUUGGGGAUUGUAACAUGUCCGGCGGUAACAUGGGCUCUGAUUCGACACACUUACCUUAUCCGUAUGUCUUGCAUCAUGACCACCUGCUCACAGAAACCUGACGUCAUCGAUAUCAACUUUCACUAUGUCCUUAGCUUUGGUUUGAGCCCAAAUGCAGGUCUGGAGAGAUCAUUCUUUAACAUGAAUACAACAUAUUUAAGAGAUUGGAAAAAUGGUGCACUUAGUGAUAAUUCGAAAAAGGUUUUCGAUCCCGGUCUCGUAGAAGCAUUGAAAUAUUUUGGCUUUGUUGUAUUUUUGUUUGAUGUAAUCUUUUUGAUUACAUGCAUCAUUUUCCUUAUUAGAAUCUUUCGGCGAGUAAAUAAGAAAACAGUAAAAUGGUUUUUGUAUACUGCAAUUGCGACAACGGUUCUUGCGUUUAUGUAUGGUAUAUUUUACGUGUUUGUUUGCGUUUCCAUCGGGACUGGCUUUCCAAUUUUAGAGUUCCUUUUCACACUCAUCGAUUUAGUGGUGUGGACCUAUUUUAUCAUAGUUAUAAAGUCAUUUAGGAAAGCACAAGGAAAUUGAAAUUCAAAGUAGUAUUAUGACCUCUGAAAUAGUUGAACAUGUUCCUAAUGUGAAAUGAAUUAGCUUAAAUAAAGUGGAGCAAGAAUAAGAAAACUAGACUAAACAUUACCACAAUCUAUUUUGUAAUAGGGCCUUACCUAGCUCACGUCUCUUAACUACGUUACAAAGCUUUGCAUGGAAAAUGCCCUAUUGCAGUUUCCAUUAUCGCUUGGACAUUUUUUAAGCAAUCUACCUUUAUUAUUAUGGAUCCGGAUCAUUACGGUUAAAUGUCACUUGAACUGGACUCUUUCGAGUUAUUCUGUAGCCCAUAUGCAGUUGGAUUUUCGAAAACGUUUUUAUUAUACUUUUAAUUUUUUCAUAAAAUUUUUGGAUAUUG